AUGCAGCCGGGCAAACCUGAGGAGCACACUGCAGAGGGGCAGCAGCAGCACCAGCAGCAACAGCAGCGGCAAGAGCCCCAAUGCAUGAAGCAGGAGGAGAGCAAUCGCAGUUGGCGCCAGGACCCGGUAGCCAGCGGUGAGGGCGGCCCGGAGAUCGCGGGUUGCUUCUGCUGCUGCUGCUGCUGCUGCCGACAGCGGCGCAGCAGCAGCAGCAGCAGCAGCAGCAAAGUGCUGCUGGACGUGGGGGGUCGCCUGUUCGCCACGACCUGCUCCACCCUUUGCAACUUCGGGCCCCACUACCUCUCGCAGCAGCUGGCUGCCAGGGGGGCCCCCGAGGGCCCCCAAGAAAUAUUUGUUGAUAGAAAUGGGGACGUUUUUUCCUAUAUUUUGGACUUUCUUAGAAAUGGUUUGCUUCACUGCAGCAAUGAGCCUUGGCUGCUGCAGCAGCUGCUGCUCGAGGCCCGCUUCUUCAGCAUCCGGCCGCUCGAGAAGGUCAUUGAGGAGCGCCUACACAGCGCUGCUGCUGCUGCUGCUGCUGCUGCAGCAGGAGGCAGGGGCUGGGAAAGCAGGAAGGCAAAGGUUCGGCUCGCCGCAGUCCACAGGGCAGCGAAGGCGCAGCAGCAGCUGCAGCGUGGGCACUGCUGCAACAGCGCAGCAGCAAAGAGCGACGAUCUGGAGAACAGCCGCAGCAGCGAAGGCGUCACAGCCUCCUCAAGCAGCGAGGGCGGCGGCAGCAGCAGCGAGGAGGAGCAGUCACCUGCACAGCAGG